UUGAUUCUUCACGACACAGCCAAAACAGUUCUCGCCAACCGUACCGCGGCUAUGGCUGCGACAACCAAGCCGCUCCUCCACCAGGAGCCGGAGGAGCGCCAGCAUCGUUCCGCGGCAAACUCUGCCUGUAGACUCGCCGUCGCUUCGGCCGUUCUGAUAGUGCUGUUGAUGGCAGCCUUUGGCCAUCUCCGCACAAGGCUAUUCCUCUCGCUGCCAGAUCCAGUCGAGGUCGAGCUGAUCCUUGUCGCCGGCGCCACGGAGAAGGGAGCAGUGUGCUUGGACGGAACCCCAGCAGGCUACCACCUGCAGAGAGGCUCCGGCUCCGGCUCAAACAACUGGCUCAUCCAUCUAGAGGGAGCAGGCUGGUGCGGCACAAUCAAGGAAUGUUCCGAUCGCAAAAUGUCGAUGUUUGGUUCAUCUAACUUCAUGAAACCAAUACCGUUUGCUGGUGCUGGGAUCCUUGACAACGAUCAGCAACUGAAUCCUGAUUUUUACAACUGGAACAAAGUCUAUGUACGGAAUUGCGAUGGGGCGUCAUUUUCUGGGGAUGCGGAAGGUCAAGCACAGGACGGAACCACCCUUUACUUCAAAGGAUUGCACAUCUAUGAAGCGGUUAUUGAUGAACUCAUGGAAAAAGGACUCACCAAUGCUACAAAGGCCCUCCUUACAGGCUGUUCUGCUGGUGGUUUAGCCACGAUGUUGCAUUGCGAUGAUUUUAGUGCAAGGUUUCCUCGGGAGGUUUCAGUUAAAUGCCUUGCAGACGCUGGGUUUUUUCUUGACGUAAUGGAUAUAUCAGGGGAAAGGUCCUUUCGCUCUUACUAUGAUGGACUUCUUCACCUCCAGAAUGUUCAAAAAGUGUUACCCAAGGACUGUCUUGCCAAAAAGGACCCAACUGAGUGUUUUCUCUCUGCAGAGCUUAUUAAGAGCAUCAACACCCCUAUGUUUAUUCUCAACUCUGGAUAUGAUUCAUGGCAGAUACGAAAUGUUCUUGUACCAGAUCCAUCAGAUCCUGAUAAGUCGUGGUUGAGUUGCAAGGAUGACAUGAGUAACUGCAAUUCCACACAAGUUGAAGUGUUUGAUGGAUUCAUGGACAUGAUGGUGGAUGCUUUGAAGGUUGUUGAAGACAAGGAGGACUGGGGAUUGUUCAUCGAUUCAUGCUUCACUCACUGUCAAUCCAUAUUUGGCCUCUCUUGGAAUUCAGCAAUCUACCCAAGGCUAGGAAAUAAGACCAUAGCAGAGGUUGUUGGAGAUUGGUACCAUGGAAGGAGCCAAGGAGUAAAAGAGAUUGACUGCGAGUAUCCAUGCAACCCAACAUGCAACAGUUUGUUGCCGACAUGAUUUGUUACUACAUUGGACUAUGUCAAGAAUUAAUAUACAAAGAUUCGACAAAGACGAAAUUAACGCAGAACCAUCAUGAUGUAUUGUCCGUCAAAGUGAGAGAAAUUAUAAUCUCCUAGAAUGAAAAUAAGUAUGGGCAGGCGAAUGAAAAUGCAUCGAGUCAUAGUGUUCACCGAGUUUAAAAUUAAAUGCUGGAUAAUGUUUUGUUAUGGUUAUACAUGUUCAAGAAUUGCUAAUGUUUGUAAGUGUGCAUAACAUACACACACAAUAGUUCUCUUACAAAAUUGCAAAUAUGUACAAGGAAGAGG